AUGACCACGGCGAACGGCUACGGGGCUAUAAACGGAGACCCAACUCCUGAAAUUCGGCCAAACCCAGACGCUGAAGACGAGAAUGGUCCUCUUCUGGGGAAGAGGGACUCCCCUCGGUCUCUGGCUCGCUUUCGGGACUAUUUGAAAGAGGACAUUGACAGGCGAUGGGCUGAUCUGCUACUGCUGCUGUCGUAUGUUAUCACGGGGCUACUGGACAGCUCGGCGGUGUUCAUUUGGGGCUCGUUCGUGAGCAUGCAGACUGGCAACACUGUCUAUCUUGGACUGGGCCUGGUGGAACCGACCAAACAAACUCGAUGGAUCAGGUCUCUCACCUCGAUCGCUUGCUUUUGUUUUGGCUCUUUCUGCUUCAGUCGCUUCCACCGCCGCUUCUCGCCAAAACGACGUUGGGUCCUACUUGCCUCGUUCGCAACCCAGUUGCUCUUGGUCAUAGUGGCUGCUGUCGUUGUUAUGGUUGACAGCAAACAAGGAAGUGACCUUCGGUGGGAAGUCAUCGUCCCCCUCUCGUUGGUUGCGUUCCAGAGCAGUGGACAAGCUGUGACCAGCCGGGCCCUGCAAUACAACAGCCUCACCAGUGUGGUUUUGACGAGCAUCUACUGCGACCUGUUCUCGGAUCCCCUGAUCAUGGCGGGGCUUUCUCAGAAUGCUGAGAGGAACCGCAGGGCCGCGGCUCCCUUGUUGCUCCUGCUAGGAGCAAUCUUUGGGGGGAUAUGGGCACAUAGUCCUGUUGGACUUGCCGGUGCGCUGUGGACGGCUGCAGCAUUGAAAAUCACCAUCAUUCUUGCAUUCUUUUUGUGGAAGGCUCAGCCACAAACCCGCGGCCGCUGA